AUGCCUUCUUACGUUAUCACGUGCAAGCCAGACGCAACCGACGACCAGGUUCAGGCCGUCAAGGACCACGCCAAGGAGCAGGGUGGCUCUAUUGGACAUGAGUACUCGUUGAUCAAGGGCUUUGCUGUCACUUUCCCUGAGGAUUCGGUUCACAGCCUGGAUUCACACCCCCAUGUCGAGAAUGUCGAGGCCGAUAGUGAAGUGAAGACACAGUAA